GCUUUAUGUCUAAAAGAGGCUGAUUUGAAAAUCACAGAAGUGUAAACACGCUUUCAAAACAUACACGCUAUGGGCGGUUAAACCAAGUGUCCCAAUUGAUUUAAAGAAAGAUAUCCAGAAUCAUGGAACUUCAGCGUGAGAAAGAUGCUGAGAUUGUGAGGCUUAGAGCUGAAAAUGAUGCCCUGGCAGAUGAGCUUGCACAGUGUCAGGGAGAUAAAGAAUUUGUGUGGUCCCUGUGGAAGCGUCUCCAGGUUGCCAAUCCAGAUAUCACUCAGGCUGUCAGCAUGGUUGUACAGAGGGAGAAAGAAAAGGCAGAGAUUAAAGACCGUAAAGUAUUAGAGAUCCUUCAGGUCAAGGACACCAAGAUUCGUCAGCUGGAGGGGACAGUGGUCACCCAGGGACAGGAGUUGAAUGCCAUGUUGCAGAGGAAAGUUGAGCUACAAAAUGAACUGGAUAAUCUGGAGAAGGACAAAACUGUUCUGACUAGUAGGACUUCUCUACUUGAAGACAAGCUGCAGACAAAGGAGAAGAGAGAUGUGGAGAGAGACAGCUCAUAUCAGAGUAGACUUCAGCAGUUGAAGGAAGAGAAACAAGAACUGGCUGAUCAAGUGUCUAAACUCCGCAUGGAACUACUGACUGUGAAAGGAGAUAAAGCUGAUGCUAUUGCUGUCAAAGUAAACCAGGAAGACAAAAUUAAGGCACUUGAAAAGCAGUUGAAAGAUGCAAGUUUAAGUUCUGAAAAGCAAGUGCAAGAGGUUUCAGAUUUAAAAGCUACUUUGAAUAGGUUGGAAGGUCAGGCACUUAACCACAGUAAAGUGGUGAAAGAGAAAAAUAAGGAACUAGAGGCAGUUAGGCAUGAGUUGUCAGAACUGUGGGAGAGCCACAACCAGUGUGGUGAGCAUGCAGCACAGCAAGCAGAACUUAUAAGGCAGCUACAGACCCUGCAGCAGGAUACACAGAGAAUGCUUCAUAACCAGGAAAGUGCCUACUCUAUGGAGGCUGUCACCUUGAAGAAGAUGUAUGAUGAACUGGAGGCUGACUUUAAAAGGCUACAGGGUAUAGAGACAGAGGGCAAGCAGGAGGUGCUGGAAUUGAAGAAACAACUAUUGGAAAAAGAAGAAGAAAUUGCAGACCUCAAGAAAGAUUUGGAACAAGCUUCUGCUCCUAGCAACAGGAGUUUUGCUGCUCAGGCCAGUUUGCUUGGGGAAGACAAGGAAAUCCAAACAUUUGAGCCUGAUGCGGAGACAGAGUAUGAGUUACAGAGACAGCAAGAGGAGAUUGAAGAACUAAAGGAAAGAGUAAGAGAAAAAAACAGAAUAAUUGGACAGUUAGAAAGAGCUCCUAAAGAUUUGGACGAUCUUCACAUUUCUCCAAUACGCAGCCGUCCCCACCAGGUGUCCACACCAUCAAGGUCAAGGUCUGUGUCUCCAAGAAAAAACACCAUGAAAGACUUGAAAAAGCAAUUGGAUAUUGCUGAAAUGAAACUGGAGGAAACACAAAGAAAAUUAGAAAUGAAAAUCAGGGAGUUGGAAACUGUGAGGUCUGCUCAUGACAGGAGAUUAGACAGACUACACAUGUUACAGAAGAACUAUAGACUAGUCAAAGAACAGUUGCUGACACAUGAGGAGGAGCAGAAAAGAAGUGUAAAACGCAAGAAAAUCACUCGUCCAGAUCCCAAAUCUCUGCAGAGGGAAAAUAGUGAAGCUGUGUGGAACGAAGUCGCUGUUUUAAGAAAAGAAAACAAAAACUUACUUGUGGAAAGGAUAAAUCUUCAAGAAGAAGUGGACACCCUCAGAGUGCAGGCCAGUCAGGACAAUGCCACUAUACAUGAACUAAAAGCAUGUCUACAACAGGAGAAAGAAGAGUUGCAAUUCCUACUUAAAGAGAAGGAAAGGUCAAGCACCCCAAAACGAGACUUGAAGGAAGAACUUAGGGAAAGUAAGGAAAUCUUAGAGGAGGCCAGAGAGCAGCUAAGUGCAAGAAUAAAUGAGAUUCAUCAACUAGAGAAAGAUCUGACAAACUUACAAGAUGAAAAUGAACAGCUCCUGGAGGACAAAAGGUCUUUGAAGUCAGAGAUUAACCAGUUAAAACAAGGUGAAUCUGAUCGCAGAAUAGAGAUUGCUAAUCUCCAGUCCUCAAUUCACAGGUUGCAGCUAGAACUGAGAGCACAAGCAGACAAAGUUGAAGUUUCUAGAACAACAGUGGAAAAGCUAAUAACAACAACCAAGAAGUCAACAAAGGGUAGAAAAGGUCAAAAAUCAAGUCCAGUUGCCAAGCAGUAUCAGAAAGCAUUAAACAAAUCCAUAGAAAAAAUGAAGCAUGCAUUCAAGGACUUCAACCAGGAAGGCUGGGAGAGUGUGUCUACUGAAAGUUUUGUCAAUGGAAGCAAUUAUUCUGAGAGUUCUAGUUCAGACGAGGAUAGUCUUGGACAGGCCAUUGUGCAGACUGCUCAAGAUCGUAAAAAAACACCAAGGAGAGGCAAGAAACCCGAUUCAGGUGAAGAGGAUAGUGAGGUUUCCACAACAGCAGUGGCAGAUGAUCUUCCCACCACGAGGGAUUCGGCCACUUCUCCUUUGAAAGAUGCCCCGAAGAUCAAGGUCUUCAGCUCCAAGGUGGCAACAGGAAGCAGACAGUUGGCAACUAUGAAAAACAGGGUCACUGGGCUGCAAAGACAGGUUCAGAUGUUGCGCACAUCGCGGGCCACUGCACUGAAAUCCUUGGAAGAACAGAAGGAAAGCUACCAACAGCUACAGGCAGACUUGAAUGCAGCUAAUCAGAAAAUAAAGAUGAUGAGACAAACUAUGCAGAAACUUUCUUUAGAUGUUGAAAGUCUUCAGGAUAAAAAUAAACUGUUGGAAGAAAGGAAUCUGGCAGGUGAUUUGGAUUCAAAACACACAGAUCAGGAAUGGAAGCAUUUAGAAACCAGACUCAAGGUAUCAUCAGCUGAGGUGUCCAGACAGUCCACACUUCUGAAAGCUAUGAAGGGAGAAAGAGAAGAGUUGGAAGAACAAAUACAAACCUUACAGGAAAAAGCAAAUAGGUUGGAAAGAGACAAUGCACAGAAGCGCACUCUGGUGGAGGAUAUGAGACUAAAAAUGAAAAUUGCCCAAGAAAAUAUGAAAUCGGAUAGCGGAGCUUUGGAGGAAAUGGAAAUUAAAAUUAAAACACUCCAAGAUGUGUUGGACAAAACAAAAAUAUAUAAUGAGUCUUUGAGACGCAGAUUAAAUGCAAUCACAAAGGAAAAGCAUGAAUCAGAAGAGCAGUUGAUGAAAACAAAAAGUGAUCUUGAGAAAAAGGCAAAACAACUGACAGAGAACCAAGCAAAACUGAGUGAGUUGCAGAAGACUGUUGUUGCUGUAGAGACUGCUGCUAAGCAACAGCUCCAUGGCCUUGCAGGUCAAAGUGAGGCUGCCAUGGAGGCAGCACAGACUAAGCUUAACAACGCCCACAUGCAGAUUAAUGAACAUCAGAAAUUUGUGAAGAGUUUAGCACAUGAACUAUUGCGUGGAAUUCACCAGGCCCGUACUAUGUUAAAGCAGCAGUUACAGCGUGAGGGAAAAGUGGCUGAAGCUGGGGAAUCAUUGAAGAAAGCACAGCGUGUUGCUCAAAACAUUCUCAACAUCAGCCAGUCAGAGCUGGAAGAUUUAAUGCUUAGUGAGGAAGAGGACAUAAGCACUGAUUUUGUGUCAGAAGCUGAAAGAAGAAAGGACAAAAAGUGGAACAAACAAUGGGAAAAGUUACUGAAGACAAGGAUGCAGUUUUCAGAGCCCUUGAUGGAACUUUUCACAGACAAAAUUGAAGAAAGAAUUGAACUCUCUUGCAAGCUGCGAGGGAGGUAGCAUCACAUUGGUUAAAACAAUUGUACCAAGAUACUUCCCUCUGACUUGUCAUCCAGUUUACAUUCCAAAUUGUCACACAGCAUUAUAAUACAAUAGGAAGCUUGCCUCUUUCAGCGCUGUAAAACAUAAUGGCAGCUACGUAUAAGGAAUAAAAAAUUAACUGAAUGAUUUAGAUUCCUUUUACGUCAAGCGACUUGCCGUAGUGCAGAAUUUAAUGCACAGUCACGUAUGUUGUAAGAAAACCAAAGCCCAUAUUUUAUCACAUAUUUAUUGGCUUCAACUGAACUGUUGUGCUCAUUUUUUACUUGGAUUCACAUCUUACAUUACAAAUAAAGCUAAACUAUUUUUCACUGUUUUGUUUUUCCUGUUGUCAUUACAGUACAUAGCCAUGAUAUGACAUAGCAUGGUUACAAAACAAUCAAGGGAAUGCAAAAUAAACUAAAGCAUCUGAACAGGAAAUGGAGCAUAUGCCUCCUCUUGACCAGUAGUUUAAUAAACUACCUUUGAUCAAAAUUGACUGAACAUUCUUUGGAUAUAUAAGAACCGACACUUCCCUCCAGACGGCACAGAUAGGGAAAGCGUAAUUACAGCUUCUCCAACAAGUAAACAGGAAAUAUAUAUAUAUCUAUGUACAUUUAUCACAUUAACAAGUUAAUUUUUAUUUGUUUUAAUGGACUAAAUUGGCUUACUCAGAUACAAAUAUCAGCAGUGGAACUAUCUUCCCAAAAAAUGUGACCGGUUUUGUUUGGUGCUUAUUUUCAAGCUGUUCUUACAUAACUGUAUUGUUGACCAAUGUUAUUAAAAAAGUGCAUUUAUAGAAUUGCAAGCUAAAUUUUGUUGACAUUUGACUUCAACUUGAUAUUUAAACAGAGCAAAGACAAAAUAAUAACAUUAUAAUCUUUCAAGAUGUAUUGUAAUUCAAUUACUGUGAGAAAAUUCCUCCAAAUUUUUACAAAAUUGAUGAAGAUAAUGUUAAUACGCUCAAAAAAAAAA